AUGGCCAAUCUGUUUACACGGCUACCUAGUCUUAAAGUACUCUCGCGUCCUUCAAAUGCACGUAAAGAAGUGACAGUUUACAUCAAAGGAUUCCUUGCUGAAGGAGAUUCUCCCGAGAAUUUUGGAGAUUGGAUGCACUCCCAUCGGCUAUUGGUCCUUAGUCCUGCUCACAAAUGGGCUCCUUCAGCUCUAGGAAAUAGUGGUGGUAGUUCAAUUGACUAUUCAUGGCCAUCGGGGUCUGCCGUGUCCCAUAUACCGGUACCUUUGGCAACUUUAGGAUCGGUGGCUUAUGUGGUUGGUCGGAAUGUGCAGAGACUACGACAAUGGAAAUUACCAACACCUGCGUCAUUGAUGGGAGCGCUUGUGGUGGACGCUGGACUACACUGUGGACGCCUGGCCUACCAGUUCAAUACGGCAACAGUCGAGAGCAAAGAGCGCGCGGAAAUGCUUGCAGGCAGGUUGCUUGAACUACGAACCCGGCAUGAUUAUUUACGUGUCGUGAGUCACUCCUUGGGCUGUCGACAUUUAGUAGAGGCCUGUGCUCUAUUGUACCCCGAAGAGAGACCAGACGAGGUUCAUUUGUGUGCUCCUGCUUUGGUGGCCAGUGAUCUCGAGCGGUUUUUUGCUGGAGCGGAAAAAGGGCUGGGACGGGAAAACACGGUGAUUUAUUAUUCGGAGAAGGAUCUGACUCUGGGCGUGCUUCUGCGAGCGCUUCUGAUGGGACAGCAGGCUGUGGGUGAGAUUGGUCUUCCUGGAGUGACAUUGCCACCAUCAGUCCGAAUCAUUGAUUGCAGUCGGUCGCUUGGAGGAUUCUAUGUCGGUGCUCACACUGACUAUGCUGACAAGUUUCAUUUCUUUGCUUCUCCACGUUCACUUGCCAAAUUUUGA